GCUGUGCAUAAUCUCCAUAACAAUAUUAUUCACACAACUAUCGCAAUCGACAAUGGUGUUAGACGUCGCAGAGCUCCACGGCCUAAAUGGUCAUUCUAGAGAGGCGAGCUCCAGAAAGCCUGACAUCGCUCGCUUUGCCUUUUCUGGCGCUGCACUUGAGGGGCUUCUGAAAGACAAAUCUGUCGCUUCUCGACCACCACACGACAUUAUCCGCUCCCACCUUUCCUUCGACAAAACGGAUAGUUACUGGUGGGACACCACUGGCGCCGUCCUAAGCAAACUCAUGCUUCAAGCUUGCUACCCACUAGGCCUGCACUAUAAGACACUCGCAUACUUCUACGACGUUGCCUUGCCAGCAUGGGGUCCCAUUCCCCUCAAGACAGAUGGGCAACCUGGUGGUCGACCUUGGAAGGCCACCUUCCUCGAAGACGGGUCCACUUAUGAGCCUAGUCUCAAUUUGCGAACCACAGGUACCACGGAGACCACCGUUCGCUUCUCGAUUGAAUGCAGCGAUGAGCGCUCUGGCACCGCCGAGGACCCGCUCAACCAGAAAGCGGCGCACGACCUCGUCAUGCGCUGCGCAGCUGCAGAUCCUGAAUUUGACCUGACUCUAUACAACUACAUGCGGGAGGCGCUCAUGCUCGAUGACGCAGAAGCCCUCCGCUUGAAGCAAGCGUUCCCGGACUGUCACUCACCGCAGAUCUUCUUCGCCUUUGACUUUGAGCGCAGUGGAAAGAUUCUUGGCAAGUGCGCUCCGUUCCUCAGCUGGAGGAGCAAGCAGUUAGGAAUCACACAGAAGGAACUCGCGCUUCGAGUUAUUUCGGGAAUCCCUGAAGUUGGACCGCUGUAUAAGGAAGCCCUUGCGGCUUGGGAUAGAUUCAUGGUGUCUUUCCCUGGUCAUCUCGGGGGGGAGCCGUCACCUGAAAGCUUGAACUUUGAUGUUGUGAAGCCAGGCAAGUCCUCCAGAAUCAAGAUCUACAUUCGCCCGUUCAAGUCCUCGUUCAAUUCCGUCAAGUAUUUUUACACUCUUGGGGGCUUACUCAACGACGAUGCAACGGCCAGGGGCGUCGACCUCCUGCGUACCUUCUACGAAGUCGUUUUCGACAUUAAAGAUGGUGAAGAAGAUCAGGAGCUUACCGAAUAUCAUCCAGGCUGGGGUAGCGUGCUGUUCAACUGUGCCUUCAAGCCUGGGACGGCGCUUCCGGUACCGCAAUUCUACAUCACGAUAUGGAAGUUCAUGCCCAGCGACCAGUCUAUCAUCGAGCGACUCACUGCGUUCUGGCGACGUAUAGGCUGGGCUCACCAGGCUGAUAAGUAUGCGCACGAUUGGCAGGAAACAUUCCCGUGGCUUGACGGCAGGGGAUCGGGGAACAUCGACGCGCUGUCGCUGGCGUACAAGGGCGACGGGUCUGGUAUAUACCAGAGUGUUUACUAUUCACCCAUGGCACACGUCGCGGCUGAGAAGCUGGGCUACGCAUAA